AUGUCAGAGUUGAAGAUUAAGAGUGGCUUAGCCCAAAUGUUGAAAGGUGGUGUUAUCAUGGAUGUCGUUAAUCCUGAACAGGCCAUCAUUGCAGAGAAAGCCGGAGCUUGUGCUGUUAUGGCGUUGGAACGUAUACCUGCCGAUAUGCGUAAAUCUGGCCAGGUGUGUCGUAUGUCCGAUCCAAAGAUGAUUAAAGACAUCAUGGCAAGUGUUUCGAUUCCUGUGAUGGCAAAAGUACGUAUUGGGCAUUUUGUGGAAGCACAGAUUUUACAAGCUCUGGAAGUUGAUUAUAUUGACGAAAGUGAAGUAUUGACGCCUGCUGAUUGGGAGCAUCAUAUUAAAAAGAAUGAAUAUAAUGUUCCGUUUGUUUGCGGUGCCAAGAAUCUGGGGGAGGCACUAAGGAGAAUUGAUGAAGGUGCUGCAAUGAUCCGUACGAAGGGUGAAGCGGGGACUGGAGAUGUAUCAGAGGCAGUCAAACAUAUCACAAAAAUUAAAGGUGAAAUUGCAGAAUAUAAGAAAACCUUGAAGACGGAUGAAGAAAUAAAAGCAAAAGCAAAAGAAUUAAGAGUUCCUACAGAAUUAUUAAUGCAAGUGCUCGAACAAGGCAAGUUGCCAGUGGUUAAUUUUGCCGCAGGCGGUGUAGCCACACCAGCAGAUGCUGCAUUAUUGAUGCAACUAGGUUGUGAAGGUGUCUUUGUUGGAUCAGGUAUUUUCAAAUCAUCCAACCCAGAGAAGUUGGCCAAGGCAAUCGUUGAAGCAACGACACACUAUAACGAUGCAGCUAAAUUGCUUCAGGUUUCAAGCGAUUUGGGUGAUUUAAUGGGCGGUAUUUCCGUUGAAUCCAUAAAGCAAAGUGACAAAAGACUAGCCGAAAUCGGCUGGUAG